AUGACGACAGAGGCCCAGGCUUCAGAAUCUUCACUGGCAAAAGCCUCAUCUGCUGAGAGUUCCCUAGGAAGCCAAACUUGGGAAGACAAGGGCGUAGGGGCCUGGUCUCUGACGGCCUGGGUUUCAGAGGCCCAGGCUUUGGAGGCCCGGGCUGCAAGGGCUCAGGCCUGGGAGACUCAAGCUUGUGAGGCUCAGAGCAGGGCCAGCCAACCCAAGCCAACCUCUGUAUCGGGGGUAGAAGCUGCCCCAGUCCUGAAACAGAGACUCUUACCUGCGAAAGUUCAGGUGCCAGAGAAGGAAAAGAGUGAGGUUCUCUUUACUCGUCCAUUCUGGUCCAGCAAGGUUGAGUACAUCCUGGCCCAGGUGGGCUACUCCAUGAGGCCAGGCAGUCUCUGGCAUUUUUGCUACCUGUGGCUUCACAGCGGAGGUUGCAGUUUUCUCAUCAUCUACAUCUUCCUGCUGUUGUUGCUUGGGGUUCCUCUCCUCUUCCUGGAGAUGGCAGCUGGUCAGAGGACUCGUCAGGGCACCAUUGGUGUGUGGAAGGUCAUCAGCCCCUGGAUUGGUGGUGUAGGGUAUACCAGCUUCAUGGUGUGCUUCAUCACUGGCUUGUACUUGAAUGUGGUCAGUGCCUGGACCCUCUUCUACUUGGGUCAGUCCUUCCAGUUUCCUGUUCCAUGGGAGAAAUGUCCUUUACUGAAGAACUCCAGUGGCUUUGAUCCUGAAUGUGCACGGACGACACCCUCCCUGUACUUCUGGUACCGGAUGACUUUGAAGGCCUCAGACAGAAUUGAGGAUGGUGGGCCACCAGUCUUCAGUCUGAGCCUGCCCUUAUUCGUGUCCUUGUGUAUUCUUGGUGCCCUCAUGAUUAAUGGGCUCAAGUCCACCGGGAAGGUAAUAUAUGUCUUGGUAUCAUUGAGCUAUCUCAUCAUCCUCUGUUUCAUCAUCCGGAGUAUACUGCUGGAUGGGGCAGUAUUUGGCCUUCGGUAUUUGGCAGUUAUCAAGAUAUCAGAUAUGUACAACGUGAACGUGUGGUACCGAGCAGGGAACCAAGUCUUGUUUUCCUUGGGCCUCGGCUUUGGCUCCAUUGUCUCCAUAUCCUCGCACAUGCAACCGUCCAACAGCUGUCUCAGUGAUGCCUUUGUUGUGGCUCUGGCUAACCUGGUCUCCAUGCUGCUUUUCACACCUUUUAUCUUCUCUGUCCUGGGCUUCUGGGCCACAGUCCUCACACACCGCUGCAGUGAGAAGAAUACUGAAACACUUUUAAAGCUGGUAACCCUGGGGAUACUGCCUCCUGAGGCCCAGCCCCCUCAAAACCUGAAUGGUGACCCGACCUCCAUCUUCACCUCCUGGUUCAACAGCCUCUCCAAUCCCAUCAAGAGGAAGGUCCUCAGGCAUGUGCCUGAGUGCAACUUAGAGAAGCAGUUUUUGAAGGUUAGGGAGAGCACAAACUUUGCUUUCCUGGCCUUCAUUGAAGCCAUGUCAUUUAUUCCUGGGUCUGUCUUCUGGUCGUUCCUCUUCUUCCUGAUGUUGCUGACCAUGGGGAUGACCACCAUGAUAGGGAUCAUGCAGGGCAUCAUUACCCCCCUCCAGGACACCUUUACUUCUUUCCAGAAAUACACAAAGCCAUUUACAGUGGUUGUCUUUCUGCUCAUGUUCCUGUGUGGCCUCUUCUUCACUCGACCUUCAGGCAGCUACUACAUCAGACUGCUGGCUGACUACUGGACAGUCCUCCCCAUAAUCAUCAUCAUCAUAUUUGAAAACUUGGCUGUGAGCUGGGCCAGUGAGGCCAGGAGUUUCUUUGCAGACUUGACUAACCUGUGGGGCCACCCCGUCUACCCCAUCAUUCGUUGGCUGUGGUCCUGUCUGAAUCCAAUUGUGCUGCUGGUCCUGUUUGUGACCACUGUGUUUCAUCUGUCUCUGAAGACCAUCACCUAUCUGGCCUGGGACUCAAGCACUUCAAAAGAAGUGGUUCGACGAUACCCAUCAUGGGGGCUGUUCGCAAUGAUUGCCCUUUUACUCAUUGUCAUUCUCCCCAUCCCCACGUACUUUGUAUGUUGCCUCACCCAUGGGAUUCCUGUCACCUCCACCCGCUGGGACAAGCCUGUGAUAUCCUCCAGAUCCCUGCCCAUAAGUGUCCAACUAACACCCAUUAAAGAGGUCCAAAAGGAGGAAAUCCUACAAGCCCCACCCUCUCACGCUCCUUCCUUCCUGCCGCGCCCCCUCCCCAAUCCAAACGAGAUCGUCUGCUUCAAGUCCCGUGCUGUUGAGUCGGGUAAGCGAAAUAUUAAAAUCUCCUCCGACCCCAAUGGCGAUGGCUCCCACGGAUCCUCGUACCAUCGUUCCCUCGUCGCACGCACAUGCCGACCCUCCCACCCCCACCCCCAAGCGCCCGCAGAAGCGACCGGUCUUCUCCAGACGCGCGCGUCAGUGGCGGACCUCGGAACUUCCCCUUCCAUCUCCCUUUUUCCCAGGAAUUUAGGGGUCCAGCAUGCCCUGAAUCUGGGAGCGGAGGGGCGGACCCCGGGCGCGGAGGGGCGGGGUAGUAAACGCCAGCGGGUAGAGCGGAAGUCUGGUGGCCCAUCUCGCCGCCGCUCUGCUCGUCUCGGAUGGGCCCGCCCUGGAGACACCGACUUCCUCCAGCAGGUGAUCGGGGCUGAGGCCGGCAGCUUUAUCCUGAUGUACUUCUUCAUGCUCCUCUUGUUCGGGAUUCCCCUCUUGUACAUGGAGAUGAUCAUGGGGAAAUGUCUGCAUGUGGACAACAUCCGGGUCUGGAAGCAGCUUGUCUCCUGGCUGGGCAGCAUAGGCUACGCCAGCGUACUGGCCUACUAUGUCCACCCCCAGGUAUGCAUCUUGGUGAGCUUGUAUAACAGCGUCAUCAUCACCUGGAGCCUCUCCUACCUGGGCAACUCCUUUGGUCGUCCCCUGCCCUGGGACAAGUGCCCACUGGUGAAGAACAUCAAUGUCACCAACCUCACUUGCCUUCGGACUGUGUCCCACCAGUACUUCUGGUACCACACCAGUCUGAAUGCCUCAAACCACAUUGAAGAAGGGGUCAAGGCCCUCGUCCUGAAUCUCAGUCUGGGCAUCUUCGCAGUCUGGUGCCUCCUCUUCCUAAUCAUGAGCACAGGGCUAAAGAUUUCAGUGCAGAUGCUGAUUUUCUCAGUAUUCCUCCCCUACAUCAUCCUCCUCUGCGUCCUCAUCCGAGGUCUCUUCUUGGAAGGUGCAACCACCAGCCUCAGACUUACGGUGACUACAGAGGCUGGAGGUGACAACUAUGCCCAGGUGGCCUCUUUAGUGACCCUCGUCAACCUGGUGACCUCUUUGCUGGCCACAUCCAUCAUCUUUAUAGUGCUGGGGUUCUGGACCACCACCAGUGGCCACGCCUGUGUCAAGCAGAGUGUCUCAAAGCUGUUGAAGCUGAUAGACAAGGGGGUGCUGCCUCAGGAUGCCAAGCCCCCAAAAGACAUCCUGCUCCUGCCCGCCCUGGACUACCUAGAAUGGAUCAACAGUCUCCCGAGGUAUCUCCGGCACCAAGUCAUCCACCUCUCCCCAUCCUGCAGCAUCAAGGCGCAGAAGGAAAAGUUCAUGGAGGGCCCUGGCCUGGCGUUUGCAGCAUUCUCCCAAGUCGUCUCGUUGUUCCCUGGUGCCUCUUUCUGGGCCAUCCUCUUCUUCAUGGCCCUGCUCAUCAUAGGGCUGAGCAACUUGAUGAAACUCUUGUAA